AGUUGGUGUCAAUCAAACCUGCGUCGUCCUGAUCAGGAGCAAAUAGACAGCAGAAGCUACAGCCUGGAGGGUCUGGAGGUGCAGAGGGGAGCGCUGUACGCUCAGUGUCCCAGCCUCAGUGAGCAGGAGGGGAGGACUGCAGGCAGGAGUUCACAUCUGGACAUCCAGGAGAGAGGCUCUCUGCUGUCCCUCACUGAGGAGGAGCAGGAAGGAGAUGCAAUCAGCACCCAUAGCCAGACAUCCCAUCAUGUGCUGUCGGUGACAAACAGCUGUCCUGCCAUGUUCCCUCAACAAACCCUUACCAAAUCCAUCUCCAUGGUUACCAUCAGUCAGCGCGAUAUCGAUGGCUUGAGCCCAUUCUGCACUAACCUUGGCUCGCUGGGAUACAGUAUUUCAGAGGAGGAGCCGGGCCCCCUGCGGAGCGACACUGAAGGAAAAGGAGGACCUAAAAUCAGUCGGACAUUCAGCUACCUCCGCAGCAAGAUGAGCAAGAAAGGCAAGGAGAAGGAGAGGAAAGGAGAGAAGGAGCGAGAGAGUAAAGAGAGAGAGAAGAAGAGCACAAACGGUCAUCUCUUCAUCCCAGUCAGUCAGUGUCCUUCCACAGCCUGCCAGCACUGCACCAAACCUCUGCACAAUAAAGACACGUUCCUGUGCAACAACUGUGGAUCCCAUGUCCAUAAAUGCUGCAGAGAGAGUCUGUCUGUCUGUACAAAGAACAAAACAAAGCAGACAUUUCUGGUGCCAGAAGCUGCUCCUGGGUCAGCUGUUAGCAUGAGGAGUAAAUCUACGUCUUCAGCAUCAUCUGUGUCAUCCACGUCCUCCUUAUCGUCACGGGAACGCUGGUCCACAGCAACCACUCCUGAUGACCAGCUUCCUGUGAUGUUUCCAUGGAGACAUCCCAGUAUCUUCAACCCACACAGCAACCUGGCCAAGAGCAUCUCCACCAGCAACAUAGCAGGGUUAGAUGAUGUUCCACUGAAAGGCCUGAAGUUUCUGUCCCAGUCCUCCGACUCGCUCCAUCAGGGGAGCAAAGUCAAUGCCUCCACUGAGUCCCUCACUGAUGAAGGUACUGAGAUGAUGGACAGUCAGCUGAUGGGAGAGUUUGAGUGUGACAUUAGAGAUCUGGAAGCUGAUUCUUGGAGCGGCACAAUGGAUAAGAAGUUCCUGAAAACAUUGAAGAAAGAUGAAAUCAAGAAACAAGACGUCAUCUAUGAGUUGUUUCAGACAGAGUUCCACCAUGUGAGGACACUGAAGAUCAUGUCUGAAGUGUACUAUAAAGGCCUGCAGAAGGAGCUGCAGCUGGACACUAACACUCUGGACAAGAUUUUCCCUGUUUUGGACAACCUACUGGACACGCACACACAUUUCCUCACCCUGCUCCUGGAGAGGAAGAGAGCUUCAUCCACUGAUGGACAAAACAACAACAGCUUCCUGAUCUGCAGCAUCGGGGAUGUCCUGCUCAACCAGUUUUCAGGCUACAGUGCUGAUCGUAUGAAGAAGGUUUAUGGGAGGUUCUGCAGUCGCCACAGUGAAGCUGUCAAUCUCUACAAAGACCUGCACGCCAAAGAUAAACGCUUCCAGGCUUUCAUCAAGAAAACAAUGAGCAGCAGCAUUGUGCGGAGGCUCAGUAUUCCAGAGUGCAUUCUGUUGAUCACUCAGAGGAUCACCAAAUACCCUGUUCUCAUCCAGAGGAUACUCCAGCACACUAAAGACUCCGAUGAAGACCACGGCUGUGUCUGUGAAGCUCUGCGCUGUGUGAAGGAGCUGAUCACGGCUGUGGACAGUAAAGUGAACGAGCAGGAGAAGAAACAGAGACUGAAAGGAGUCUACAGUCGCACUGACAGCAAGUCCAUCAUGAGGAUGAAGAGUGGGCAGAUGUUUGCUAGAGAGGACCUGGUCAGAGGGAGGAGGCUGCUCCAUGACGGAGCGCUGCAGCUGAAAAACUCUGCUGGACGACUCAAAGAUGUCCAGGCCAUGCUCCUGUCUGACGUGUUGGUCUUUCUUCAGGAAAAAGACCAGAAAUAUGUCUUUGCCUCAUUGGACCAGCGCUCGACAGUCAUCUCUUUACAGAGUCUGAUAGUCCGAGAAGUGGCUAAUGAGGAGCGAGGUCUCUUCCUCAUCACAGCUGGUAUAGAGAGACCAGAGAUGGUGGAGGUGUUGGCCAGCAGCAAGGAUGAGCGCAACACAUGGAGAGCUAUUAUACAGGACGCCAUGCACUGCAUCGAGAAAGACGAGGAUGAGGGAGUUCCCAGUGAGACAGAAGAAGACCGGAAGCAGCAGGAGAACAGAGCAAAGGAGAUCCGAGAGCGUCUACGAAGGAAAGACGAGCAGAUCAUGUCUUUAUUGGAGGAGAAGGUCUACAUCUUCAGAGACCUGGGCGACUGUAACUCCGCCCCUGAUACAAGCCCACCAGUCAGGGAGCGGAUGUUAUUCAUGGCCACACCUGAUGAUGUCACCAAGGGGGAGCCAAUCAUGAAGGACGCCCUGAGGGAAGUGGAGAGCCUGCAUGCUGUAGUCAGCAGUGGUGUUGGUGGAGCAGGCUGCAGUGUUCCAGUUGGCCUGACCGGGGGGGGCAGUGUAGGACCGGUCAGUCUGCCCAGGAGAGCUGAGACAUUCGGAGGCUUCGACAGUCAUCAGAUGAACAGCAGCAAGAAUGGAGAUAGAGAAGAGGGGGAUGAAUCGCUGGACCUCCGUAGGACUGAGUCAGACAGCGUGUUGAAGAAGGGAGCCACUGCCAGCCUACAGAUGUUGCUCAAGAGAAACAAUGAGCAGGUGCAGCACAGUGUGACACACCUUCACGACCUGCUGAUUUCACUGCAGGCUGUGGUGGUCCAGCAGGACUCCUUCAUCGAGGACCAGCGGCUGACACUGAACGAACGGCUCAUUGCCAAUUCCUCCAGGCACUCGUCCUCUUCCUCCCUCUCAUCCUCUUCCUCCUCCCGGCCCUCCUCGAUCAUCGAGCAGGAGAAACACAGGAGUCUGGAGAGGCAGCGGCAGGAGGCAGCCACUCUCCAGAAACAGCAGGCUGCACACCAGGAAGAAAAGAGGAGGAGAGAAAAGGUUUGGGAGUUAAAGGAGAAGUGUCUGGCAGAGCGGGAGGAGAGGCUGAAGGUGGAGGAGGAGCAGACCAGGAAGAGGCGUCAGGAGCUGAUGGAGGAGAGAGAGAUGCUGCAGAGGAAGAAAGAGGAGUACCAGGGGGAGCUGGAGAGGCUGAGGGAGGCACAGAGGAGGCUGGAGAGAGACAAGGAGGCUGUGAGGAGAGACACUGAGCAACUGGAGGCCCUGCAGAGAGACAAGUCGACGCAGCUUCAGCGGUACCAGCGGACCCCCUCCACCACCUCUGACGACUCCAUAAGGUUCCACAGCACCGGGUCUCUGGAUCUAGAUUCAAAAGAGGCAGCAGAACAGCUGAAAGGGGUGGAGCUCUCCUCCUCUGUCCCGACCAAAGAACCAUUCCUCCGCAUCGGAUCCAAGAGGAUAGGCAAAAACUUUAACCCCUUCUCCUCGUCCUCCUCCUCUAAGUCUCAGGGAGCAGAGAAGGACUCGCAGCUGCCCACCAGACUGCUCCAGCUGGCUAAACCCAAAGAGAAGAAAGACAAGAGGAAGAAGAAGGGCAAAGGAGAGCAGACGCAGGCGGAAAGCAAAGUUGUAGUGAUGUCGGAUCCUCAGAAUGAUGGAGACAUCUUCUUCUGCUGAGGACCUGGACCAUGAACCUUCCUGAGGAGCCAGACAACUGGCCCGUGCAGCAAACAGAACCCCUCAUCUCUAUUUGGAUAUCAAAUGUCCGACCUCUGGACACUGUCCCUGCCCCUCCCAUUGUGCACCAGAAGCCAGCCAGGUUCUCUGACUUACUUGCAUGUGUCCCAGGUAAACAAAAGUCCUGACCUCCUCCCAGACACACCAGGAGAAGUGAUGGUGAGGACUUUAAUCGACAAAUGUGCCAACAAUCUUUCCCCUGCAAGCUUCCAUCAGUUAGAGAUGUGAUGCAAAGCCAAGGAGGAUCAAUGUGAGGAACACAAGAGGAAACUAGAUCAUGUGAUAGACCAUGUCACAUGGUACUUCAGGGCUUUAAAAUGUAGCUUUAACAUAAACCAAUAAUGAGUGCCAUUUCUUUCAAGUAUUGCUGAUGCUAACUUUGAAUGCUUGUGGUGCUGGUGACUCCUCAGCUUCAGUGAACACUUACCCAGGCUGAACAACUCGAGGAACUUGUAAUCUAAUGUGUGAUUUGCGUGUCCCCACAUUUGCUUUUAACUCCAGUUUUAUCAGUCAAGCUGUCAAAAAAAGACAUACGAGGACGUAAGAGAUGCCACACCACAUGGUGUGUGUGUGUGUGUGUGUGUGUGUGUGUGUGUGUGUGUGUGUGUGUGUGUGUGUGUGUGUGUGUGUGUGUGUGUGUG